CACUACCUCUCCAAACCCGCGAUGGCGCUGUAAAUCUAAAGGCAACAUUGACAACUUCCGCCGGUUGUGCCGCGAGUUUUUGUUUUUCAGCAUAAAGCUACUUCGUCAUAAAGCUAACGGAACGAUUCGAAAUGUUCGUUUCAUAGCCGUAUUUUUGUGAAUGUCAGCUUUAAAUUGUUCGGUAUUUCACCAUCUUCAACACUUCUCGCUGCUGUUGAGGCGAAUCUUGUGUCGCUUAAAAAAUGACAGAGGACGCAGAUGAAACUCAAAGGCUGAAAGCAGCAGUUCAUUAUACCGUGGGUCGUUUCUGUCAGAAGAUUGGAGAGGAACAUCGGAGGGAGUUUAGCCGACAAGCCGUAGCGGCGAUAGCCGAGACCACGUUCAGGCAGUGCGAUAUAUUUGCUAAAGACCUGGAGGCUUUUGCAAGACAUGGUAAAAGAACUAAAGUGUCUGUUGAGGAUGUAAAACUUACAGCUCGUCGCAGCGCAGCUCUGUCCAACUACAUACAAAACAGGAGUGAAGAGCUGGCCCUGCAGCACAAUGAUUUAAAGAAGACUACUGGAAAGAAGAGGAGAAACACUGAAGAGGACACCAGAGAGUGAAGACAUGACACCCGGCAAACCUGCAGUGCCUCACCUGUGUCCAACAUGCAAACAAACAUAGGGACUGCCCUGUACACAUACUGUUACAGAAAAGUGAUUUGUUACCCUCCCAUCACCUCAAGUUCAUGUUGGUUAUUAAAGAGGAUGAAGCUUAAGACUCAUCCUCAAAGUGGUUUUGAACAGAAACGACCUUGCACCGGACAAUGCUUUCCAAACGAGCUGAAAACAUUAAAUGUUUCAAACUGAGUAAAUGUUA